ACGUUACGUUUAAUUGAAUUAAUAAUUAAUGGUGUUCAGACGAGGAAAGCCAAAGAAAUGGAGUCAAAACUCCAGAGGCUGAGAGUGGAGAUGGAAGAAAUUGGUGCCGAACAAAGAAGUAUCAGGGAAGGACAAAGACAGGUUAGAGAAAAAUUUGAAGCCAUUGAAGCCGAAUGCCAGAAGCUUAAGAGAGAAACUAGACUCGUCAUCCAGCAGAGCGCUAGAAACAAAAUCCGUCUGGCUAUCAUGUUUAGGAUUUUUAAGGCACGCGAAGAAGGCGACUUUGCGAAGGCAACCGAACUCACUAGGUUACUUCGUGAAAUGGUUGUGAGGGACAAUCUAUUAAAUGUGGCCACCAGCAAGUGAUGAAUGAAAAGUUGAAGUUUAAGGUUUUAGUUAUUCCGCUGUUUUUUUCUUCCUCUUCCCCGGCAAAUCUUGCUCUUUUCCACUUUCCUAUGUUUCUCCAUCCACUCCUCCCGCCACUUUUCUUUUGGUUCUCUCUUCUUUCUUCUGUUUCUUUCCCUUUGCUUCUUUUCUUUUGGUUCUUUUGUUUCUUUCCUCUAUUUUCUCUUUCUUUGUUGGUUGUCUAUUUGUUUCUUAAGGCCUAUUUGUUUCUUCCGUUUUUACGUAUUUUCGUUGUCUGUCUUUUUCUUCUCUUGGUAGAGUUCUUGUAAUGCAGUACAAACGGGGAAGUGGACAAAAACGAAGAGAGGUUAAAAUUUCAUUUUGGCCACUCUAGUUUAAUAAAAAAAAAAAUUUUUG